AUGCCCGGUCAGACACCAAUGGGGCACACAGCGACGGGCGACACGCCCGGCCGAACCCGCCACCCCCCGCUCACACACGCACUGCGCACGCUCCUGCGCCCGCCCGUGCAGGUGCAACGUCGCAUUUGCACGCACGGGCGCACGGCGGCACGCCCACGCUUCCCGUACUCCCAGCCAUAGCUUCCAGCCAUAGUUCCCAGCCAUCCUGCUUGCCAACCUCCUUGCUCUCCCAGCCCCACGUCCACACGUACGCACGUCGCUCCAGUGGUAGGCAGCAGCUCGAUGCAGCCAUUCAGAUAAACUUAAGGAGGAUACGCCGAGUCCUGGGCUCCUGGGCAACGCUGCGAAACAUCGUUGGAGCACGCCGACCCAUGGCCUGCAAACAUUGUUGAGGCAAGCAAUAUCAUGCGGACAUGAGGCAUGUGUAUAUCAGACAGCAGUUGGCGUUUUUGGUGGACGACAUCGACUGUGGUGGGCUCCCAGUGCCCUUGAAAGCGAGUUGUGGGUCAAAUGAAAGGCAUAGUACUGUAUAGAUUGUUGCCAUGAAGCACACGGGCGUUAGCAGAGGGAGAGUGAAGCUGGCCCAGUUGUGCGCGGCCAAUUGCUCGCCUUGCGCCUUCUCUCUCGACUCGACACAUUAUAUACAUACAGUAAUCUUUGCUCCAAAGACUCAGCUUUGUAUUCUGACUUCGUUUUGUUGCAGCGCAACAGAAGACUCGGUCAACCCUGAGCUGGGUCAGUCUUCGCGCAAGUUUGCCACAUUUCCGACCGCCUCUCAAGAAUGACUAGUCUUUCUCAGUCCACAAAAGCUUCAUUCGGGCGUUACCUAGGUAUAGGCCUGGGCGUUGGCCUGGUUCUCGGCGGGGGAAUCGUGGGUUUCCUGCACCACCGCCGCUACCAGGCCUCAAAGCUGCUUCACCUGCAGCAAGAGCGGAUUGUUACCUCAAGCGUCGCGGCUAACUCGUCGCCGGCUCCGGACGCGUGCGCAAGCGACUGCGCAAGCGAUGAAGCGCGACCGGCGCCCUGUGCGCAGCCCGGUGACUGCACGGUCGCCGGGUCAGCCGCUGCUCGGGACGACUGUGCGGAGAGCUGGAGUAACAGCAGCGACAGUAGCGACAGCGACGGCGAGGCGCCGUCGCCUUCGGGCCAACAGAGCCUAGCCACCUUCCUGGCCCGCUACGGCCUUGAGCGCUGCGAACCUGUGCAAGAGCUUGGACGCGGUGGCUUUGGGCGCGUUCAAUCAGUGAGCAUCCCGAUUCCCGGCGGCGGCGUCAUCAAGGCUGUGCGCAAGGAGAUCUUCCGCCGCACCGACGGCGUGUCACGUACCGAGCUGCUGCGGCAGGAGGUGGCGGGCACGCUCGCUGGACGGGGCUGCGCUAGCGCUGUGCAGCUGCUCGGCUGGACGGAGCCGCAGACGGAUGACGAUCCGCAUGAGCUGCUGCUUUCCUACGUGCCGGGAAUGACCCUAUAUAAGUACCUGAACCUGCUGCACAUCACGUACAAGGACCAGUGCGCGGCGGAGGCGUGCAAGAAGGGCAAGAAGGGCAAGCGGGCCAAGGCCCCCACGCCCCGCACCCUGCUGCCCACCCCGCUGCUCAAGAAGCUGGCCAUCUCGGUGCUCACGGCGGUGGAUGCCAUGCACAACAACAACAUGUGUCACGGUGAUAUCAAAAGUGCCAAUGUUUUUGUCCACGAGACUGACGCGGGCGGCGCCAUGGGGUUUAUCCUGGGCGACAUGGGGACUGCCGAGCCUACCGACAGCGAGGGCAUGCUGAUAAGUGGCAGGAUCGGGGGGUCCCGGGCGACAGCGGCACCCGAGCAGCGCGUGUACCUGGCCGGGGGCACGCCGGCGUGCGGGCUGAGCCGCAUGAUUGACCUGGCAUCGGUGGGGCUGCUGCUUGCGGAGGCAGCUCAGUUCCGCUCUGACCCCGAGCGGCUGUGGGCGUACUCAGUGUUUGAGGACGACCUGGACGAGUGGGUGCCCGAGGGCUGCCGCGACCUGUGCGCGCAGCUGCUGGCCCCCUCGCCCUCCGACCGCCCCAGCGCCAAGGAGGCGCUUGCGCACUGGUGGCUGAACGAGUAAGACAGAUGCGGCAGUCUGCAGCUUGGGCCGCAUGCAAGAGAGGGCCAUCGGAAUGGCGGACUUGAUGCACGUUUAGGCUUGCAUUCUGUUUCUCAAAGGCGUUUGAAUCCAAUGCACGGUUGAAGGGCUUGGCUGGACUUGCAUUUACGGUGUCCUGGUAUAGGUACAGGUGGUGAACGCGAACAUUGAUAAGGAUGGCAAUUUAGGCGUAUAGGAGCCGCUGGCUAUACGUAGUGUACCGUGUGUACGUAGAGAAUGGCGGACUCAAAGGAGUUGAGGCCACAUGGACUCGAACCCGUGAAAACGCUCAUGCUCAUGCAGCUCAUCUGGUCACGAACUACUGCAAAUGAUCCUCGU